AACAGAAGGAGCUGUGAAUUAAGGAAGCCUCUGUCACACACAUACAUUCCGAAUCACUGUAACAUUACGGACGCGAGACUCCUUGGGUCUAUUUACAGCGUGCGAUACAAAUCUACGGUCCAAAUCCAAGCCCAAAAUGACCGAGGCGACGAACCACCCUCUCUCUGGCUUAUGGCAGCCCACACAACUGCAAAGACUGUAUUACGGCGCAGAUUCAGUAACGAAGUAUCUAAUUGCCUGCCUCCCAAAGUCAUCUAGCAAGGCCUUUAUCAUUACGGGUACCUCGCUGGCUAGCAAGACUCCCUUGGUGAAGCAAGUCGAAGAGCUCUUGGGGGAAAAACAUGCCGGGACUUUCAGCAGGAUUGGCGAACAUGCACCUGUUGCCGAACUUGAUGAAGCGACCGAAUUAGUGAAAAAAGAUGAAACUAUCGACACUGUCAUCUCCAUUGGCGGUGGAAGUCCCAUCGAUAGCGCCAAAGCCAUCAGCUAUCGUUUACACGAAAAGACUAGAAACUUUCUAUAUCACAUUACUAUUCCCACCACUCUGGGUGCAGCUGAAUGCACCUUCAUAGCAGGCUACACAGGAUUCGAUGGAGUGAAGAUAGGCGUCAGAGCAAAAGAGCUCGUCCCAAGCGUCGUCAUCUAUGACUCCAAAUUUGCUCUAUACACACCUGAGCGGCUAUGGACGAGCACUGGUGUGCGCGCCAUGGACCAUGCUGUGGAAUUGCUCUAUCAUCCCACCGCUUCCGAAAUGCCUGCGCGAUGGCUGGCGUUGCAGAGCGCAGCAAUUUUAUUCGAGGCAUUACCCAAGUACAAACAAGAUCCCAAGGACGAAGACAACAUUACUAAGCUCCAACUGGCUGCUUAUGGAUCGCUAGGUUUUAUAGGCUACAACCUCGAAGGCGGCAUUGGACCCUCUCACGCCCUAGGUUACGCCCUUGGUUCUCCAUAUGGCAUACCGCAUGGAAUCACAUCCUGCCUUACGCUCGGUCAUGUUGUCAAGUUGAAGGCCCAAGAUCCUGCUGCUGCAGAGCAAAUCGCCCGUCUCCUUCCGUUUAUUGGCGAAAGUGCCUCUGGGGACACCAAGGUGGAUGCGGAAAUAGUCGGGGAUAGGAUUUUGAAGCUGGUCAAGGACUUGGAGUUGGGUAACGAUCUGAGUAACUACAAGGUCGGCAAAGAUCAGAUCCCUAUUAUCACGGAAAGAGCAACGGGUGGGAUGAAAGACGGUGCUGUUUACGAUGCUGUCGAGGGGUUGGUGAAGGGGUUAUUUGUGUGAUACAUUGGAUAAAGGAGUUGAUCAGCUGGCUAGAUAGGAAACGGGAUGGCCAUGAUGAGAUGGAGAAUUUCUAUUAAAGUCAGUUUCAUUGCAGAUGACUUGUGAUGUAUAUGUAAGCGAAAAAAUUUAACUCGAAGUAAAUAGUAUACAAGCAGAGACCAUCGGGCUGAUUUUGACGAGGUUGUUCCGGGCUUUCAUUUCGCUCGCUUCUUUCCGAGAUCCACUAGUUACUACAAGUAGCUUU